UGUGUAUUUUUUACUCGGCUGCUCUGCGUUUAUUUAAUUCAUCCUAAUAAUAUUGUGCUGGAUCUGGACUUUGGUAAUUUGUGUGGCCAUGCACACUAAAGCGUUUUGAAUACUACAGCUCCAAGGAAGAACAAUUUUGGUAGGGUAACUUUCGGUAGAGCAGGAAACGGUCAAGUUAGCUGUUCCGCCAACCGACCCCCCUCCCACCCUCACCCAGCUUUAUUUGACAGACACGAACACGGUGUGGUGCGGAGUGGUGCGGUGGCCAAUACAGAGACAAGACCGUGUCUUCUUAUUUCGUCUCAAAGCUGGCGCCCAUUGCGGUAUCAGCUGCGGCUGCUUGAAGAAGAUCCAUUUGUUUUGUAAGAGGAAGAUAUAGGUAGAGCUACCCUUAACGUGGCUAUGUCUAGAGAAGUUGGCGAAAGCAGCAACGGAUUCUCACGUUUAUCGGCAGAUGCAAGAUCCAUAACUAACGGCAGUGUCUCCUUGAUGCAUAUGCAAGGGGCCCAGACCCAGGGCAAUCGCGACAGCAACAAUGCCUCCAAUAUCGCCAAGGCUCAUCGGAAUUUUAAACUCAUUGCGGAUCCUCAGUUGGUUAAAUGUAAUGGUAAACUAUAUCGCUAUGAUGGGAUUGUUCCGGGUGAUCCCACCUAUCCCACCAUAACGCCGCGGGAUCCGCGUAAUCCUCUGAUACGGAUUCGAGCUAGGGCAGUGGAGCCCUUGAUGUUGCUCCUGCCGCGAUUUCUCAUCGAUGCGGACUAUGUGGGCCAACCGCCUGCAAUUGAAGUGACUGUGAUUAAUCUCAAUGACAACAUCGACAAGCAGUUCCUCACCAGCAUGCUGGACAAGUGUGGAACGCCCGAUGAAAUCCACAUCUAUCAUCAUCCAACCACCAACAAGCAUUUGGGCAUUGCCCGCAUUGUCUUUGAGAGCACCAAGGGGGCGAGACAGUUUGUCGAGAAGUACAAUCAAAAGUCCGUGAUGGGAAAGAUUUUGAACGUAUUUUGUGAUCCUUUUGGUGCGAUUUUAAAGCAAACCAUCGACAACAUAACGAAUCCCGUUCCGGUCAAGCCAACACCGAUACCGACGACGCCCAUUGCUCAACAUCCGGUGCCAACGAUGAUGCCAGGUCAUGAAUUCAGUGCAGAGAAAGAUGGCAUGGAGCAUAUGAUGGGUCCUGGUGGAUUUAACUCAUUUCACAAGGGUGCAGACCGGAACGAACGUGAUAGGGAUAGAAAUUGGGAAAGAGAGCGUGAACGCGAUCGCUAUGUGAAAGACCGGGAUCGAGAUCGAAGUCGACAUUCCUCGGAACGAAAUUAUGAGCGUGAUCGUGGAAUCCGUGAUAAAUAUACAUCGUCGUCUGCGUCGUCAUCACAACGCCACGACCGUCAUCAUUAUCGUCGGCGUUCAAGAGACAAAAGUCCAGAGGGCAUACGGGACCGGGAUAGGGAUCGAUUUUAUGCCUCACGGGACAGGGAUCGCGAGCGUGAUGGUAGACAACGAGAUUUUCCCCGCUCCCGGGAAAGAGAUGGCAGUUUCCGUGAGCGUAAUAGAUCGCGCGACCGAUCCCGAGAUCGUGGACCAAGGGACAGGCGAGAUCAUCAUCGACAGAGUCCGUCGAAGGAACGAGAUUACCGAGAACGAGAUCGGGAUCGUGAUCGAGAUCGAUCUGCAGAAACGGAUCGUAGAGAUAGAUUAAGUGUUAAAUACAGCAAACGCUACUCCAGUCAUGAAUAUAGUGAAACCUCAUCCGAAAUUGGAGCUGGCGGCAGCUCUCAUAACUCAAAAAAUCAUCAAUAUUAUGCUGGAAUUUCGGCCACAGGCUAUGGAUAUAAUAAUUAUAGCUACACCAUGACUGAAAAUGUUCAGGCCUGGUCCUCACAUCGAAGUUGGACUGCCCCCCAACCCGAUGUGCAACCACAGCCACCGCCGCCGCCACCACCGCCCGAAGAUGAAGAGGAAAAUUGGGAUGAUACAGUACCACCGCCACCGACUAGAUUUGAUGCAAAGGCAAGUUCUCCCACCACAGGAGUGUCGCCGGAAAAGGAGCCAAAGACUAAUUCCGUUUCAGAUACGGAAAAUGUAGACUUGGAUACACGGAUUGCUUUAAUAUUUAAAGGCAGGACAUUUGGAAAUGCGCCUCCAUUCCUUCAAAUGGAUAGUAGCGACUCGGAAACGGACAAGGACAAGGAGAAAGAUAAAGAUAAAGGCAAAUCUGAUGAGGCCGCCAAUCCAAAGGCAGCUGUAUCUGAGCCUCAAUCCGAUUCAAAUAAUUCCGAAAACCAUAACAAGAAGCAACGGCAACAUCGUAAAGAACAUGGCGCCAGUGAUAUAUCGAGUGAUGAUGAUGGUAUUUUGGUUAGAAAAGAGGCGGCAUCAUCAAAAGUCGAAGCGGAUCAAAAUUGCGAUGAUAAUAUGUCUCUGUCUAGUCUCUCUUCCCAUGAAGAUUCGGCAAAUUCAACAGAUCAGGCAAUAAAAAAGUCAGUUGCUGCCUCAUCGUCAUCCGCAUCCGCAGCAAUGACAUCAUACAUUUAUCCUACGCAUCCUCAGCCAUCUGAUCCAAAUCAAUAUUAUUACCCACAACAUUCUGCAUACGGGCAUUAUCCCCCCGUUAUACCAGGCCGAUAUUUCUCGAAUCCAGCUUACUUGCCCGGUGUGGUAUCAGGAGCACCAUUUAACUUGGAUUUGGAUCCUUAUGCCCAGACAUAUGGCGGCUACCCGGAGUCAGCAAACGCUUUGUCAGGUCAAAGUGAUGAGAUGAGGCAGAAUGUGAAGAAAGUCAUUAAUUACAUUGUCGAGGAGCUAAAGCAGAUCCUCAAGCGGGAUGUGAAUAAGAGAAUGAUUGAGAUGACAGCCUUUAAGAACUUUGAAGCCUGGUGGGAUGAGCAGACUGUGAAAGCGCGCUCCAAGCCUUUGGCCGAAUCAACAGGUGAACAGGCAAAUUCGCAGGAUAAAAAUACAAAUGCGGCCAAUGCCAACACGAAUCCAAGUGGAAACCAAGAAAAGGCACCCGAUAUCAAUCAUUUUAUUAAUACGCCAAGAGAUAUUCCCGAUUUCCAGACAUUCUCCAACAUUGGAAUAGGCAUAAGGGCGGCAAUGCCUAAGCUGCCAUCAUUUCGGCGAGUUCGCAAACAUCCUAGUCCCAUUCCCAGCCAACGAAGGGCGUCCUUGGAUCGCGAUUUGAGUGACCAAGAGGAGAUGGUGCAGCGUUCGGAUUCGGAGGAUAAGGAUGAUUCCCAUUUGGGUGACACAACGACGACUACCUCGCACACUCAGAAUCUUAAGGAACGCAUUUUGGAUUCGGAACGCAGGGAUAAACAUCCAAAGCGGCGAGGCAGUGCAUCAAGUUUCUUUUCGUCCUCCUCCUCGUCGUCGUCUAGUGAUGGAGACGCAGGCGGGGCUGAAAACGAUGCGAGCAGUGAUGAUAGUUUUGACGAUGAUGGCCUACAGAUGAGGAGUGUUAAUCAAAGGGACAGACUUAUGAGAAAGCGUAGGCGAGACUUGAAACCAGUAGCCGAGGGCGACAAUAUGCCUUCUUCAAUCUAUUCGGAUUCGGAGGAUGAGAAGAAACCAGGACAUCAGGAUACUGAUGCUCCCAAGCGAGGGCGUACGAAAAAAAUUGAUAUUUACUCUGAUACGGAUGAGGAUGACAGCGAGCGUCAACAUCAUCAUAAGCAAACCGCAACUGUUUCAACAACCAAAAUGGUAUCAUCUAUACCAUCCGACUUGGAAGAUAUUAGCAAAGACAGUAGUUUUGGCAAUUACGACGACGAUGCCGCCGAACAUAUCGAUGAGAAAUUCGCAACUGGUCUCAAGUCCGGCGAUAAAACUGAUGAAGAAUUUCGCAGAUCACCCACACCCAUCCCGCCGCCCGACUACAACGAGGAGGAAGCCCUUCCGAAGCAUAGCAAUGACGCUGACGAUGAUCAGGUUAAGACUAAGCAGAAAUCACAUUUUGAAUACGAUCGCAUUUACAGUGAUUCGGAGGAGGAGCGCGAGUAUCAGGAGAAGAGACGACGCAACACCGAGUACAUGGCCCAGAUUGAGCGAGAGUUUAUGGAAGAACAGCAGAGAAACAAACAGAACUUUGCCUCUGAAGUAAAGAAAUCUGAACUUAAACUGGAUAUUACCACAAAGAUCACGAGCAGCAGUUUGCCUGACACGCCGGACAUAACAAAACCACCGCCAACUCCGGGUGGAAAGAUAUUAAUGGAAGAUAUGUUGCUCUACAACAAGAGCAUUGACAUGACAUCUAUCACAAAGGAGAGUGGAGUAGUCAAAACAGAAAUUGAUAUAGUUGCAGUCAAGGUGGAGACAGAGACCAUAACUCCACCAGUGGAACAUAAGACUAGUCUAGCCAAUGGCGGCACCUCCUCUGAUCUAUCAUCGCUGCCCCAUGAUGAUGAUCGCAAUAUUGAGAAGGGCAAACAAUCUCCAGCCUCUUCGGACGGCGGAUCCAGUCAAGCAUCGCAGGCCAGCCAAGUGGCCCUGGAACACUGCUAUUCUCUACCACCGCAAGCUCAAUCUGGUGCCGCUGCACUUGCCGUAGCAUCUAAAAUAAAAACACCGCCAGACGGUAGUGAUCUAGCUGGUGGUAAGCCGGGUCCUGGUCGACCACGCAAAGAUUCCGGUCGUGUUACAUUGAAGCAAAAGAAAAAAGAUUCGGCACCACGUCAGGCCAAUGCCAAGACGAAGAUGCUAUCGAUUAACGAUUCAUUGGCCGAACUGGCUCGCCAAACGGCUAACUUUGUACCCUACGAGAUGUACAAUCCGCGUGACCAGAACGAGGAAAUGGUAAUUCUGUAUACUUUCCUAACAAAAGGCAUUGACUCUGAGGACAUCAAGUAUAUCAAGAUGAGCUACAUGGAUCAUUUGCAGAAAGAGCCAUAUGCUAUGUUUUUGAAUAACACCCAUUGGGUGGAUCAUUGCACAACGGAUCGAGCAUUUUGGCCACCGCCACCGAAAAAACGUAGGAAAGAUGAUGAAUUAAUGCGGCAUAAAACGGGUUGUGCUCGCACUGAGGGUUACUACAAGUUAGACGUGCGGGAGAAGGCCAAACACAAGUACCAUCAUACCAAGGCCAAUGCCGACGAUGUGCAGAAUGAAGAUCGAUGCGACGAGCCGACAGCGCUAACGAAUCAUCAUCACAAUAAGCUAAUAUCGAAAAUGCAAGGCAUUUCGCGGGAGGCGCGCUCAAAUCAGCGACGACUGCUCACAGCUUUUGGCUCAAUGGGCGAGUCUGAGCUGCUUAAAUUUAAUCAACUCAAAUUCCGAAAGAAACAACUGAAAUUUGCCAAAUCAGCUAUCCACGAUUGGGGAUUAUUUGCUAUGGAGCCCAUAGCAGCCGAUGAGAUGGUCAUUGAAUACGUUGGACAAAUGAUACGACCAGUUGUGGCCGAUUUAAGAGAGACCAAGUAUGAAGCGAUUGGAAUUGGCAGCUCUUAUCUAUUCCGCAUUGAUAUGGAAACGAUUAUCGAUGCCACGAAAUGUGGAAAUCUCGCACGAUUCAUAAACCACAGUUGUAAUCCCAAUUGUUAUGCCAAAGUCAUUACCAUAGAGUCGGAGAAGAAAAUCGUAAUAUAUUCAAAGCAGCCCAUCGGUGUGAAUGAGGAAAUUACAUAUGAUUACAAGUUCCCAUUGGAGGACGAAAAGAUCCCAUGCCUGUGUGGCGCCCAAGGAUGCCGGGGUACGCUCAACUAAAUUCUUGAAUCCCUGGCGAUUUAAAUAUCUCUACAAAUGAGUUCCAUUUGAACUUUGCUAUUAUAUUCUAACUACUAUAAAUAUUUGUCAGUUUUUGUGUAAUAUUCAAUGAAAAUUACGAUUAUGUGGAACAAUAUUUUGCUGAUUAGUUUGGCAUGUAUAUAUACAUAGAAUAUAGCUUAAUCUUUCCGUCUCCAAUAACAUUAAAAAAUUUAGAUAAGUUUACAGAAUUUAAUAUAGUUUAAUCUCCCCUACCGCGCAGCAAUAACGACGAGGAAUUUAAUAUAAUUUUAGUUUCACUUGAAGAAGAAUUAGUCCUAAGUUAUCAAUGUUCGUAGUGUUUAGGAUUUAGUUUGCGAACAAACUAAUUAAAUAAACGAACCAUAACUGA